AUGAAAAGUUGGAAAGCCUUAUGUCCACAACAGAUACGAACAUUAAAUUUAAUUGAACAAAACCGAUCAUUAUUAAGUAGUGAUCAAUGGACUCAUCUUUCCAAUUUGAUUCAUUUUUAUGAUGAACAUAUUGUUCUACCAGCUGCCAACGAUUUUCUGAAAGAAUUAGAUAGUUUACAUCCAAAAUUACGUUUUAAAAUUAAUUCAAACAGAAUUGUCGAGAUUAUGACAAUUAUUUGUCAAGUAAUAGAAACAUUUAUGCAAUCAAAUCAUGAUUUUGCUUCAUUAUCUCUUCAUAAUCAUUCCAAAUUCAGCUUUUUGUAA